UUAUAUUAUAGAGUUGAAAUGUGGAUAAUGAUUUAGCUAGAGAAGUUCUGUGAGUUUUUAUUUUUUUUUAUUUUUUUCACCUCUUUCCCGUUAUUUUUUCUUUUUGUCGUUUUUGCCCUCUUCUUUCUUCUUCUAAAAUCCCAUCCAUCUGAUUUUGAUGAGCGCCGGCUGAGGCGGAGACCAUGGACUCAGACGCUGCUGCUGCGAUUGCGAUAUGGAAAGAAAUUGAGGCUUCAGAGAGCUACCUUGUUUGUUCUAUGUACGAAGAAGCGGCAGAAUUAGCUUCCUCUGUUUUGGAACGCUUGCGUCAUGGCCAUCAUGAUAUCGAUAGAGAUAUGUUGGAAUCAAGUGCUAUGGUGCUUCUUCAGGCAUUCAACCAACUUCCCACCAAGACACCAGACAUUCUUAAUCAACUCAAACUACACUUUGUUUCACUCAAAGCUAUUCCUACUCUUGUUCUUCUUACUGGGUCGAGCUUGUUUUCAAAUAGCACAAGGUUCUGAAUCUGCACUUGCCUCCGUUCAACAAUUUCUCCACGACUUCCUUAAUGGAUGGUCUCUUGAACAUUCACAAUAUUCUUCUGUCAUUACCGAGGCUGCAAGUAGAGACCAAAGCCGCCGCUUCAUUCUUCCAGUUGAUGAAUAUUUGCAAGUUGUUGAGCUCUAUGCCCUCACCCUUCUUGCAACAGUUCAAAAAGAUGUUGAUCUUGCAAUCUCCUGGGUUGAGAAUGCUUCAUUGCCUGAGGAAAAUCGACAGGGACUUCUGAGAAGUUUACACUCCAUGCAUUCUUCUAAAAGUACCAUUUUGUCUCAAAGUUCCUUUCAGCAGUCACCCACAAAUAGCAAUGAAGCUUAUCCUUUGAAAGAACAAAGUGUGUCUGAAGGAUUACCAAAAGGCUUGAAAAGCAAUGAAAAGUAUAGGUCCAAAGAAGCUGUUACAAAACUGUCUGAACGAAUAGAAGCAUGUUUCUGGUGCUUCCGUGGUAUCAAUUUGAAGAUUGGCACUACUAAGUUUGUCAUAACUAGUGGGAAGAUCAUGCUUGGUUGUUUAAUAUUGUUCAUCUAUUAUGUUUUCAGAAAGAAGCAAGCUACUUUAAACAGGAUUGUAAGAAGACAGGCAAUGGCCGUAAAGAGGGCUUUGGUAGAUUUGUGGCAGCUUGCGUUUUCCUACCAAGUAAAUCCUCUGGCAGCUGUUCAACCACUGUCUGCUGCAACACGUCAAGGUCAGUGAUGCCAUGGUGAAAUUGUUGACCAAGGAUCCUGUCAUAGCUGAUCCUCAGUGUGUCUUUCUGUUGACUAGCCUUGUAGUUUCAGAUAGGCAAUAUUGUUUAACAUGCACUUCGUUAUGCUGAUCAAUAACACCUUGUGAUGAGCAUUACCUUCACCUCCACAAAUGUGAAGUAAUUUCUCAUGCUAGCUAUUCCAUGAAGUGUGAGAGGAUAAUGUUAUAUCAGAAAAAGAUGAAGUAUUGUGUAUAAUUGUAUUAAAUGUCAGGAAGUGUUAGCAUAAUUUGUCCAAAAUAUUUGUAUACUUUUUAAGUCACGUGGAAGGUGCACAACACAUCGAUCCAUGUAUGCUUUUCCUAUACUAGGAUUAGGAAUGCUUGAGAUUAAGAUGUUGUCAUAGAAAACAGAGAUGACAUAUCCACUGCAGAAUGCGAUUACUGUGGUGGCUAACUAGUUAUUACUACAACAACAGAAUAUUUUUUCCAAACAGAGAAAA